AUGGAUGACCGUCUAGCCGCCAGGAUGUUGCAGGCGCUCGGACUCGGCAGGCUGGUGAGGGGACCCGGCCCCAGCCCGAGCCCCAGCCCCACGGGACGCCGCCGCCGAAGGACAAGGUCCCCCACCCAGAGGAGGCGGCCGCCCAAGUCCCGGAUGUUCCGCCCUGCCGAAGUGCACACUGGGAGAAGUCACGUGAGCGUGCGGCUGACCCCGGGUGACCUGGAGGGGCUGGGUGCGGUGUUGCUGACCCUGGUGACCUUGGCGGUGUGUUCGGCUUUGAUCUUGCCGCUGAUGCGGACCGGGGUGCGGACAGUGAUGAGUUCCACCGCUGCACAGGCGAUGUCCGGCCCGGAGUGUACAACACCAGACCUCCCACCAGCGGACGCCGUGCCUGCGGUGACGGGGCUGGACGGGGCACCAGCGGACGCCGUGCCUGCGGUGACGGGGCUGGACGGGGCACCAGCGGACGCCGUAACUGCGGUGACGGAGCUGGACGGGGCACCAGACCUCCUACCAGCGGACGCCGUGCCCGAGGUUACGGGGCUGGACGGGGCACCAGCGGACGCCGUGCCUGCGGUGAUGGCGCUGGACGGGGCACCAGCGGACGCCGUGCCUGUGGUGACGGGGCUGGACGGGGCACCAGCGGACGCCGUGCCUGUGGUCACGGGGCCGGACGGGGCACCAGCGGACGCCGUGCCUGCGGUUACGGGGCCGGACGCACCAGCGGACGCCGUGCCUACGGUUACGGGGCUGGACGGAGUUUCCGCGGACGCCAUGCCUGUGGUGACCGGGCUGGACGGAGUCUCCAGGCCGCUGGUCCGGUUCGUGGGAUGGGAGCCUCACCCUGAAGACAGGCCGAGCAUCGACACCUUACUGUCCCGGGACAGAUAUCUGCUGCACGGUCUACAUGGCGAGAAGUCGGAGAACUGUGUGUUAGCCACCAACAGGCCUGCAUAAGAGGUUACUACGGGAUAGCCUACAGCAGGCCUUCCUAAGGGGUUAGGGAUAGUAGAAAUCUGCUGUACAGUCAAGAUGGGGAGAACUGAGUGUUAGCCUCCAACAGGCCUUCAUAAGGGGUUAACGUUAGAGAAUAAUAAAACCCUGUAAAGUACAGAACCUAGCCUCCACCUUUAACAUUUUCCCGGGACAGAUACCUUAUGUGCGGUCUACAUGGCGAGAACUACAGGAUAGCCUAAGACAGGCUUUCCCAAGGGGUGAUACAUAGCAGAAUUCUCUUCCUAGCCUCCAACAGGCCAUCCUAAGGGGUUAUAGAUAAUAGAAUAUCUGUACCUAGUCUCCAACAGGCCUUCAUAAGGGGUCAGGGACAGCAGAAAUCUGCGGUACAGUCUACAUGGAGGGAUAGAACUGUGUGUGUUAGCCUCCAACAGCCCUUCCUAAGGGGUUAUAGAUUG